AUGCCGUUAAUAUAUGAGUGUAGGAAUUUGCCGGAAUGCGCUGCUGAAGAAAUUGAGAAAACCUUUGUCGUCAACACGUAUGAAGCGAUAGCUUCGCACUUCAAUAGCACGCGCUACAAGCCUUGGCCGAAAGUCAGCGAGUUCGUUGCCGCCGCGACGCAGAACCCCGGGCGCGUGCUGGUCGACGUUGGAUUUGGAAACGGCAAGUACGUUCCCAGCGCGCAGCGCUCUGUGCUGUAUCUCGGCUUUGAGCUUGCCAACGCAAUGAUCGCGGAGGCGCAGCGCAACUUGUGUCACAAGACGCUGCUUGCGUUUAGCUCCGGCUGCCGCGCCCAGCCGGACUUCGCGCGCGCCGCUGUGCCCGCGCUGCCGCUGCGCGCCUGUUCGGCCGACGCGCUUGUUUGCAUCGCUGUGCUUCACCACUUGGCUUCGCGCGAGCGUCGCAUUUUGGCGUUGCGCGAGCUGCUGCGCGUGCUGAAAGUCGGAGGAGCAGCGCUGGUCUACGUGUGGCCGGAAAUUUGA